AUGGAUAAGAAACUUUCAUAUUCUUCCAACAGAUUGUCAUCUUUAGCAUCCAUUUCUUCAUCUUCAUUUCUUAGUAGACGAAAUGUUGUUCUUAGAAGAUCUCGUCUGCCCAAGAUUUCUGCAGCAAAAGAGCUACAUUUCAAUAAGGAUGGGUCAGCCAUAAAGAAAUUGCAAACUGGUGUGGACAAGCUUGCUGAUUUGGUUGGAGUCACUCUUGGACCAAAAGGCAGGAAUGUCGUUCUAGAGAGCAAAAGGCAGGAAGCAGUGAAUAAACGAGUUGUACAGAUUAAAAAUCUCAUUGAGGCUGCAGAACAGGAUUAUGAGAAGGAAAAACUUAACGAAAGGAUUGCUAAAUUAUCUUGUGGUGUGGCAGUGAUACAGGUAACAGCUGUAAAAGUUGCAUUAUCUUCUGGCACGCAGAAUCAAAAAAGAGACUCAGUAAUGGCUAAGCCACUCAAGGAACAAGCCUUUGCUACACCAGAAGCAGUGGCUGAACUUGUUCAGAAGGUACAUUCAGCUAUUCAGCGAGAACUUCCGGUUGUGAUAGCAAAGAUGAAACUUUAUUUACAGAACCCAUCAACAAGAACAAAUCUUUUCAAACCUAUCAAAGUAUUCUCCAGAAGAGAAGCGUACAAUCAACAUGGUCCCAAUAGAAGAACUGGAAUCACAGCUCGACAAUCUCUUGUACAGGUAUAUGUUCAGCUGUACCCGUCUCUAAAAAGGUGGACACAGGUUUCAAGGCUGAAGACUCGCAUGAUGUAUUUUAUCAAACAUUUUCACGGGUCUGGAGCAGGUCAAUCAAGAAGCUCUGUUGGAAUUAAUCGUGGUCCUAAGUAAGUUUCAGUCAACUUUGACAACUCCUGAUGAAACGGAAAUUCUGGCCACUACUCUAUGCUCAUCAUGGCAGGAGAAUUUGAAGAAUCCAGAUUGGCAUCCAAAUUUCAGUAGAAACUAACAAAUCUAAAGCUGGAACGGGGUGAAGAGAUUUAUAAUGCAGUGGUAACAGCUUUGAAAGAACUCUUUUGUAGUAACUUAUUGUAGUAUGCUUGUAGUUGAAGUUUCUUAUAGUGAAUAUCAUGUUGUUUAUUCAGCAAAAGUUUCGAAGAUUUUACUUUUUAGAAGGAAGUAUGUAUUGUAGUCAUUAGACUGGGUUUUCAAAGAUGAUUAUGUUAACAUUUUGAUCAAACAUUAAGAACAAUUCUCUUGUUAA